AUGGCGCAGGCCAUUGUGGUGGGUGGCGGCUUGGCAGGGGUUUCUGCGGCCAACACGGUGCUGGAGUGCGGCGGCAAGGUCGUCUUGGUGGACAAGUCGGCCUUUUGUGGCGGAAACUCCACGAAGGCCACGAGUGGCAUCAAUGGGGCGGAGACUCAAACACAGAAGGCCAAGAAGGUGGAGGACUCUGUGCAGCUCUUCACUUCGGAUACCCUCAAGGGUGGAGCCAAGAAGCCCGAGCUGGUGAAGGUGCUGUGCGGCAACAGUGGGCCUGACGUGGACUGGCUGGUGGACAAGUUUGAUCUUGAUAUGUCCCUCCUGGCGCGCUUGGGUGGCCACUCGGCGCCUCGCACCCACCGCGGCGAGGAGCGAUUCCCAGGAAUGACCAUCACCUACGCCUUGAUCCAGAUGGUCGAGAAGAUCUCUGAGCGCAGCGAUUUGGCCCGCAUCAUCAACAAGGCCAAAGUGAAGACGCUCUUGACCAAGGGCGAUGCCGUGUGCGGCGUUUCCUAUGAGAAGAAAGGCAAAGACUUCACUGAAGAAGGCCCUGUGAUCCUGGCCACUGGGGGCUUCGGCGCGGACUUCACAGAGGACUCUUUGCUGGCCAAGUACCGACCGGACCUCCUCCAUUUGCCCACCACCAAUGGUGACCACACCACCGGUGAUGGCAUCAAGAUGGGCGAGGCCAUCGGCGCCAAGAGCAUUGACUUGGAAUGGGUGCAGGUUCAUCCCACCGGCUUGGUCGAGCCCGAUGAUCCCGAGGCCAAGAUCAAGUUCUUGGCCGCGGAGGCCCUGCGCGGGGUGGGCGGUCUGGUGAUCAAUGCCGAUGGCCAGCGCUUCUGCAACGAGCUGGGCCGACGCGACUAUGUGACGGGCGAGAUGUGGAAGUCGAAGCCGCCCUACCGCCUGAUCCUCAACAAGGCGGCCUCUGACGAAAUCAUUUGGCACUGCAAGCACUACACUGGCCGUGGGGUCAUGAAGUUCUACCAGUCGGGCGAAGAGCUGUGCAAAGACAUGAACAUCUCAGUGAGCACCUUGGAGAAGACCCACCAGGAGCACUUCGAGGCGGCCAAGAAGCAGGAGAAGGACCCCGAGGGCGGCCCUUACCCAGCCUACCCCUCGGGGAAGACCUGGGAUGAGCCCAGUGGCAAGACCGGCGUGGGCAAGAAGUUCUUCCACAACAUCCUUGACGGAUCCAAGGUCAAGUCGGAGCCGUUCUACAGCGCGAUUAUCACUCCGGUGAUCCACUACUGCAUGGGAGGUUUGGAGAUCGAUGAGAAUUCUGCAGUGGUGGGCAAAUCUGGCAAGGCCAUUCCAGGGCUCUACGCGGCGGGCGAGGUGGCUGGCGGAGUCCAUGGGAACAACCGCUUGGGCGGAAACUCCUUGCUGGACUGCGUGGUCUUUGGCCGUGUGGCCGGACGGCACUGCGCCAAGUACAUGUUGGGAGACAAGUUCAAGAGCAUGGAUCUGAAGGAGCUCUCGGGUGGCGGUUUGGCAGCUGAUAAGGCUCCCGCGGCGAAGUUGUGA